GUCAUUUUGUCAGCUGUGCUCUGCUGCGGUUGGGCAUUUACGUGUGUGACUGUUUCUGUGGUCAGUUUCCCAACACACACACACCACUCUGGAUUUUCUCUCUGGGCCUCUUGCGAGGGGUGUUUCAGGCAGACUCAUUUCACACACACAUUUCACGUCAGUAGCCUUGGAACCAGAGUACGCAGGGCCAUUUCUGGGUGAUUCAAACACUGAAGGGAAUCUGAUUGGCUGAUGAUGUGGGCCUGGGCACUACUUCCUGUUUUCCUGGCGGUGUGGGGCAUUGUUGGAAUGUGGGUGGUGUUUGGCAUUGCAGUGUCCAACCACUCAGUUAAUGUGUCUGAACAUUUCCCCUACAUCAGUGUGUGUGGCUCCUAUCCUCCUCAGAGCUCGGUGUUUUCUCAGAUCUGUAACGGGUGCACGUUCCUCGUUGUCUGGAUUGGCGUUAUCCGUUACCAACAAGUGCGAGACCUUGGUGACAACUGUCGUCAUGUCAACCGGGCGAGCCUGGUGAUCAUCCUCAUCUCUGCUGCAGCGGUAUCCGUCCUCGGAAACUUCCAGGUGUCCGUGUGGUUCUGGGUCCACACCUGUGGGGCGGUGCUGGCCUUCUGCCUGGGUCUGCUCUACUUCUGGCUGCAGCUGUGGCUCACGCUGAAAGCUGCGCUGACUCAGGAUGGCCACUGGGUGGCGCCACUGCGUGCUCUCCUUUGCAGCCUCUCCACAGUGUUCCUCCUCGGCAUUGUGGCUCUCCAAGUGUCUGGGUUCCGGUCGCUGUCGGCCAUAUCGGAGUGGGCAUUGGUCAUGACCUACUUCCUGCUCUUCGGCCUCUUCGCAGUAGAGUUCCGCCACAUCGACUGCUUCCGGGUCACCAGACAUGAGCACGCUGGCGGGAACAAGAGCUACGACAGACUCCGCCAUAGCAACGCCGGCUACAGAAUACAUUCUCAGCCCAGCUUCCAUGGCUGAUGUCCUAAUGCUGUUUCUGUCUCACCCUACUUCCAUGUGCCGAUGUCAUAAUGCUGUUUCUGUCUCACCUUACUUCCAUGUGCUGAUGUCAUAAUGCUGUUUCUGUCUCACCUUACUUCCAUGUGCCGAUGUCAUAAUGCUGUUUCUGUCUCACCCUACUUCCAUGUGCCGAUGUCAUAAUGCUGUAUCUGUCUCACCCUACUUCCAUGUGCCGAUGUCAUAAUGCUGUUUCUGUCUCACCCUACUUCCAUGUGCCGAUGUCAUAAUGCUGUAUCUGUCUCACCCCAGAGCCAUAUAAAGAGAGUUGCGACAACCCGGGUACAGAAAAUUCGGUUUGUGACGUGGUUCGUGUAACUUCAAAUAGUUCAAAAUAGUUCCCGGAAGCGAUUGACUGUUCGUUAAAAUAACCGUCUUUUAACAAGUGUUCGAUCUUAACUUCCGGGAACUAUUGUUGAGAAAAUAUGGAACAUUAGUGUCAAUGGAGUUGUCGCAACUCUCUCUUUAUAUGGCUCUGUCUCACCCUACUUCCAUGUGUAUGUGUCCCGUCCUGAGGACAGUCUGUAGUGCUGUGUUUUAGUUCUGGGCUUAAUCCAUUUAUCAUGUCAUAGAGAUAUUGUUUCUUUACACAUUGUUGAAGGAAACUGGAUGUGUUUUUGCUUUCAAAUGUCCCUUCCUACCCGAAACAUCAUAGGGGCCGUAUGAAACCUGUUGGCAGGCCCCAUCAGGCACACUGAAGAAUCCCUAUGUUUAAAAUGUGCUCUAUCAAUAAACUUGCCUUGCCUUGCUAUUGCGCGUUUCUAUGAGUGAGCAAACAGACCAGUGACUGGUGAUCACUGGAGGAAGAAUAGAACAGAAAAUCACA